GCGGGACAAAAAGAAUCUGCGGAGCGAGAACGCGUUCGCAUCCUUCUGGGGUCCUCCGCGGGCCGUGGCGAGCACCACCCAGCAGCCCUACGUGAGCCUGGAUAGCUCAGUUGGGAGAGCAUCAGACUUUUAAUCUGGGGGUCCAGGGUUCAAGCCCCUGUUCAGGCGCCGCUUUAUCCUUUAGGCGCGUUCCCCGUUCCUCCCUCCCGCAGCCCCGGCACACGCAGCCGAGCCGUCAAACCGAAGCGCGGUUUUAUUGCACCGACGAACUUUGCUUCCCGGCGGCUCCCAUCCACUCAGUGCAGCGCAGCCCGGGCCGAGCGGCGGCCCCCGCCUCGUGCGUUCAUUUCUUGCCAGCAAGAAAACAAAGAGAUUUGCUGCAGGGCCGGGGUGCUUUUGGUGAUGGCCGUAUCGAUGGUGGGAGCCUUCAGCAGCAACCGGGGGGCCUGACGGCCGCGGCUGCCGUCCCCGCCGCUGGGCUGGGAGCUACCAGGAACCUCUGCUACGGGCUGACAGCCCGCAGUGCCACCCCCGGGGCCGAACGUGUCCGAGAGCAUCCUCUCGGCCAGCAGAAAGUAGGUGGCCGUGAUGUGGUUGUAGCGGUCGGCCUCCAGCGCCCUGCGUGACACCGGGAAGGACGAGCAUCAGAACCCGACGGCCGCGCUCACGCUGGCACCACCAGACCUCCCUCUUUCCUCCCUCCCUCCCUCCGCCCCCCUCCGGCUGCCGCUCACUCCUGGAUGGCGUCGCGGUCAGCGAUGUGCCCGCACGUCAUGGCUUGGAUGAUGAUCUCGUGCUCCUCCUGGGACACGCGUUUGUGCGAGGACCAUGCUGAACGCGCUGCUGCUGUGCUACGGGCUGCUGCAGGGGAUCCAGGCCAUCCUCAGCUCGGAGCUCAGCCACAGCCCCCUGCAGAAGAUGAGCUCCGGGCUGGAGGAGGCAGACAGAGCCCGCUACCCCAGCCUGCUGCACAAGGCCAAGGAGCUGCCAGUGGAGCUUGCUGGAGCUAUUCCCAGGCCGGACUCGGAUCAGAUGGAGGUGCAUGAAGGUGAUGGUAGCCUCCUGCAGAAAAGCAGCGUGCUGGAACCACAGGCAUUGUCCACGGCCCUGCAAGCUGCAGGCAGGGAGGAGCGGAGCUCCCCUCGCCGUUGUGUCCGUCUCCUGGAGUCCUGCCUGGGCCACCAGAUCCCCUGCUGUGACCCCUGUGCCACCUGCUACUGCCGGUUUUUCAACGCCUUCUGCUACUGCAGGAAGAUCAGCACCACCUUCCCAUGCGGCAAGAACUAAUGCCUGUGCCACAGGGCUGCCCACUCGUCCCCACCAGCCUCCCCCUCUGCAGCUCCAAUAAAGCAGCAGAUAGAUA